AUGUUCUUGCAAACGCAACGAUUCACUGGAGGAUUGUUUCUGGUGUUCUUACUUUCCUCCACUUUGGGUGUUUUUGCCGAAAACGAUCCUUUUCUAUCGAGCGACUACAAUGACGACGAGUGUGGAAAACGGUUAACUCAACGGGAGGGUUUAGUGAAGGCUGGUUAUGCAACACGUCCCGGAGACUGGCCCUGGCACGUGGCGCUCUAUCAGCGGGGAGUGAACAGUGAUGGAUUCGAAUAUGCGUGUGGUGCCAGCAUAGUGCAUCGGUAUCUACUCUUAACAGCAGCGCACUGCGUUACGUUCGCGGCUAGCCGCAGAUUGAUACCUACCGAAAAUUUGCUCCUUAAGAUGGGCCGUUUCAACCUUUCCAACGAAGUCGAAGAGCACGCGGAAGAGUUUAACGUAAUCGAAACGAUUGUGCACGCGGGCUUCCGGCCGACCACUUUCGAGAACGACAUUGCUAUUCUACGAGUGGAAAUUCCAAUGAUCUUCAAUGAUUUCAUCCAACCCGUAUGUCUGUGGAAGCGCGAUGAUGGACACGUUUUGCCAAACGUUUACCAGCAACCGGGUACAGUCGUCGGAUGGGGUCUUAACGAUGAGAAUCGCUAUGAGUCAGCCUUGAAUGAGGCUCGAAUGCCGGUGGUCGAUUCGUUAACUUGUCUGGAAAGUGAUCGUACGUUCUUUGGCCGACUUCUUUAUUCAAAGGCCUACUGCGCUGGCUUCAAAAAUGGUACUGGCGUCUGCAAUGGAGAUAGUGGUGGCGGUAUGUUUUUCCAGUUUCAAAAUCGGUGGUACCUCAAAGGGCUGGUAUCGUUUAGCAAUACGAUCGAUUCUACUAAUGUGUGCAACUUAAAGCAAUACAUCGGAUUUACCGAUGUCGCUCAGUAUAUCGAUUGGUUAUAUGAAAAUACGCCAAACAGUGGAAUCGAUGAUCCGAUACUCGGUCACCCCAACAUUCGGCUUAUCAAUCAGGGCAAAUGCGGCCAAAACCAACAUGUGUACGAGUUCGCAGAGGAACGCAAGCCGAUUCUCAAGCAAUAUCCAUGGAUGGUGACGGUACGCCACCCGUUCGCUAACUCCGAAUACGUUCCGUGUAACGGCGUAUUAUUAAACCGAAACUACAUCCUUACGACAAAUUGUGUUGAUUUGCAGGAUUUUAUUAGUGUGACUCUCGGUGAUUAUGACACGAGUAAAACAAAGGACUGCGCAAUGGUGGAUGGAAGAAAUGAGUGCAUCUCGGUGGUGCAGACGGUGUCUGUUGGGCAGCUAUACCGCAAGGAUAACUUAAUUCUUGCCCGACUCACCAUUCCCGCCGUCAUUGGUCUACGAGACCACAUUCAAGCGAUCUGCCUCCCAGUAACACCACAGCAGAGAAGCCGCUUGUAUAACCGCUAUAUCAUGACAGGAUGGAAGGAGAGUGGAUCCGAUUCGACCAUAAUGCAGCGUGCCUUGCUGGAUGUAGUUGAUACGAACACAUGUCGAAGCGAAUUUCAAGCUGCCAGAGGGGCUUCCGAUGCUUCCACGCAAAUUGAUGGAAAAAUAAUUUGCGCUCGAAAUCCCGUGAAUCGUUCUAGAUCGCCAAAUUGUAAUGAUUAUCAACAAGGCUCAGCCAUACAAGCGAUAGAGAAGAAAUCGAACCGAUAUUUGCUGUACGGGUUGCAAACUAGUAUUAGUUAUUGUUCCAAACCAGAAAAAUACAUUGCCAUCUCCAAGUAUCUGGAGUGGAUACUGGAUAAUAUAAGAGGAUGAAAUUGAUCGUUAAAUAAAUAAGUGAUUAUUUCAAUAAUAAUAUACUAAAUAUAUGUGGUAAAUAAAACAUGUAAACAAUCGGAUUAAUCUGAAGGAUCAAUGGGUAAUAUAGUACAUACAUAUUUUAAACUAAUUUUAAAAUCGUACUGAAAGGAAUGCAAAAGUCACGAUAAUGUAUGUAAUAAUGUAUGAUGUUAUAAAAAAGUUUUCAUAAACUAAAAUUGAAACGAUUUCAAUGUAUAAAAUGUAUCA